AUGGCUCCCGACGUGUCAAAAGCUCUGGAACUAAUAGACGCCGCUCACAGAGAGGACCCGAACACCGUCGACAUCAACGGCGAGAAAAUACCCUACGAGCUACACUACGCUCAGAAGAUGACCAAAUUUCUCGAUCUGCACACCCCGAAUCCGGGUCCUCUGCUCGUCACGGCCGCCCGGGCGCAGCACUUCCGACGCUGGGAGGUGCCUCGAGACAGCUACCCGCGCACCAAAGCCGGGUACUUUGCGUGGCGCACGUUCCUCAAGAAGCGACAGGCCGAGCAGGUCAAGCAGAUCUGUCUGGAAUGCGCCUACAGCGAGGAGGAAGCGGACAAAGUGGCGGCGCUGAUAGCGAAGGAGGACCUGAAAAAGGGGGAAGGUAAGGGCGACGCCGACGCCCAGGUCAUCGAGGACGUGGCCUGUCUGGUGUUCCUGGACGACCAGUUUGACGAGUUCGAGAAGGGACACGAUGAAGCCAAGAUCAUUGGCAUCCUGCAGAAGACGUGGGUGAAAAUGGGGUCAAGAGGGCAAGAGUUGGCGUUGGCCAUGGACUUGAGCGACAGGGCGAAGGAGAUGAUAGGCAAGGCACUGGCUGGUUGA